GCCGGGCCCGGAGAAGAUGGCGGACCGGGCGGAGAUGUUCUCGCUCUCCACCUUCCACUCGCUCUCCCCGCCCAGCUGCAGGCCGCCCCAGGACAUCAGUCUGGAGGAGUUUGAUGACGAGGAUUUGUCCGAAAUCACCGACGACUGCGGCAUCGGCCUGAACUAUGAUUCAGACCAUUACGAGAAGGACUGCCUGGUGCUGGAGCGAUGCGAACAGCCUCACCCCAUCUGCUCCUUCCAGGAUGACUUCCAGGAGUUUGAGAUGAUUGAUGACAACGAGGAGGAGGAAGAGGAGGAGGAAGAAGGGACCAGGCUGGAGGAGGGGCCUCCCUCCCCUUCCGUCUCCCCAAUACCUUCUCCCACCCUAGGGGAGACCCAGAAGCACCGGCCCACCACUCUCCACCUGACUGCAACCGGCACGCAGGACUCCUUGAACAACAACAGCAGCUGCAACCCAGCGCCCGGCCUGCAGCGGGCCAGCUGGCAGGAGACGCUGCGCCUGGCCUCUCCCUCCUCCUCCUCUUCUGCAGCCCAUGCUGAACGCUCCUCUCCUUCACACCCGUGUCUCCAGGAUAGGCCCUGCUUGGACGUUCAGAGCAGCAAAGGCCCGGAUCCCACCCUGCCUCCUUGCAAGCCCAGUCUUUACGAUGCAGAAGGCAACAGCCGCAACUUGCAGGGGGGCCCACCUGCUGCCCGCCAUGGGGAAGACUACAACAAGAAUAUCGUCUCCUCCAUGUCAUCGCGCUUGCGACCUCCUUCGGCCCCCCCUAGCCAAGCAUCAGCUGAACCCCAAGAUGCCACGAGAGGCCCAGAGGCUCGCCCCCCAAGCACCAGCCCCCACCGGUCUCCUGCCACCGACAGCUACUGUGCCCGAUUUCAGAGGGAUGCAGCGGGCUGCAGGGAGCAGGAGGCAAGACUUGGCAGCCCUGCUGGCUGCCCUGGAGGCAGUGUAGGCCACGGACCCCCCUCCUCCCUGAUUGGCCAGGGCAGCCCCUUGCUGUCUGAGGAGGUGCUGGCAAAGGGCUGCAGAAAUGCGGGGCCUGGAGGGCACCCUCCACUGGGCGCUCACACCAGCCCCACCAGGGAGACAACGGAGCUGCUCAGCUCCGAAGGAGAGGGUGCUCAGGGAAGCCGCGCCACCAGUGUGCGGGGGCUGCCCUCUGCCUCGUCAGAUACCACGUCCCCCUCAUCUGACCCUGGCAUAGAGGCGGAUCUCACCAGCCGCAACUCCAAGUCCUACCUGCCUUGUGGCCGGCACAGUGAGGAUCUCAGCUCGCCCGGCUCGGACUCGGAUGUGGAAGGGGAGAUCGAGGCUGCCUUCGCCUGCAGCGGGAACCGCCUGGCCAGCAACAUGAUCUCCAGCAUCUCCGAAACCGAGCUGGACCUCAGCAGCGACAGCAGCAGCGGCCGCUCUUCCCACCUCACCAACUCCAUUGAGGAAGCCAGUUCUCCCGGGUCGGAGGCCGACCUGGAGGCCGACCUGGAGGCUCAGGUGGUGCUGGGCCUGAAGGAUGCCCUUCUUCUCGACACCACAGGCAAAGACCACGAGGCUGCAGACAUGCCGCCACGCGAGGGCGUGCUCGGGAGGGACGGCCUGGCGCCUCUCAAAAUCGAAGAAUUCUAUGAAGACCCGUCUGCUCCCAUCGACGAGACGGACGUGCCUCUCUCGGGCUCUCUGGAGCUGGAGAUCAACCCCGACCACAGCCUGGAGAGCUUGCGCCACUCCUUCUAUUUGCCAGUCGGACCCAAGCUCGUACCCGAGGGGGACGACGACGGAGGGAACAGCGAGUACGAUUCGGACUCUGACUCGGAGUCGGAACCCGACCUGAGCGAGGACUCGGACUCCCCCUGGCUUCUCAGCAACCUGGUGAACAAGAUGAUCUCGGAGGGCUCCUACCCCAUCAAGUGCGCGGAGGAGUGCUAUCCCCCCUCGGCUCACUCCCUUUCGGACACCAUCUCUCCUGCCUCCGACCUGGAGCCCGAGAUCCCCGGCGAGGAGGCCCUGAGCGAGGCUCAGCUCUGCCCCCAGCAAAGCAUCGAGCUGGUCGACAUGGAGACCCUCCGCUGCUCCCUGCAGAGUGCUGCAGACAAGAAGACCACCGAGGCCAGGCCCGCCGCUGAGCCGGAGCCUCUGCCGAGUGACACGGGGCCCUACCUGUUGAUGAGCAACCCGACCGAGGACACCAUCACUCCUGUCUUCCCGGGGCGGCUGCUCUCCAGCUGCUGCAAGAUGCCGGCCAAAGCCUUGCCUUCCAGAGAGGCCCCCCGUAAGGCCGAGCCGCCCGUCCUGUCGGAGGACUGGGCGAUCGAGGGAGACCUGGACUCGGGCAUCCUGGAGGACAAGGACAUGAUUGACGACAUCCGGUUAGAGCCCCCCGACGGCCUGGACGUCUCCACCGCCAGGACCAACCGCUGCUUCCACUUGGCCUACUCCCCCGAGGAGGACGAGACCCCCUGCCUGGGCAGCCGGAAGGGCUCCCCGUCGGCGGAGGAGCUGCCGCUGCCCCCACCCGCCAUGGCGCUGGACGACUCCUUGGCCUACGACUCCAUCAAGUACACCCUGGUGGUGGACGAGAACACGCAGCUGGAGCUGGUGAGCCUCAAGCGCUGCACCUCCCUGCUGAGCGACGACAGCGAGGAGCUGCGGGCCUGCGAGGAGGCGGCCAGUGACUUUGAGGAUGGGCUGGCGGCCCCCGACGGGGGCAGCUGCUGCUCCUCCUCGGAGGACUCCUCGCCCGAGGCGGACCUCCACUUCUCCAAGAAGUUCCUCAACGUUUUUGUCAACAGCACGUCCCGUUCCUCCAGUACGGAAUCCUUCGGUCUGUUUUCUUGCACGGUGAACGGGGAGGAGAGGGAGCAGACGCACCGAGCGGUCUUCAGGUUUAUCCCUCGCCACGAAGACGAACUCGAACUCGAUGUGGACGACCCCAUUCUGGUGGAGCUGGAGGAGGACGACUACUGGUACCGGGGCUACAACAUGCGCACGGGGGAACGGGGCAUCUUCCCGGCCUUCUACGCCCACGAAGUGGUGAGCCAGGCCAAGGAAGUGGCAGGCUUGAAGCGGAAUCCCUGCUGGGUGGAGCGUUUCAACGUGCAGUUCCUGGGCUCGGUGGAGGUCCCGUACCACCAAGGGAACAGCAUCCUGUGUGCGGCCAUGCAGAAGAUCGCCACCACCCGCAAGCUCACCGUGCACCUGCGUCCUCCGGCCACCUGUGACUUGGAGAUCAGCCUGCAGGGCAUCAAGCUCAUCCUGAGCGUGAACGAGUACAGCCGGGAUGAAGAGUUUGAGCGCUGCAGCCAUUUCUUCCAGAUGAAGAACAUCUCCUUCUGCGGAUGCCAUCCACGUAACAGCUGCUAUUUCGGCUUCAUCACCAAACACCCCGUGCUGAGUCGCUUUGCCUGCCACGUCUUUGUUUCCCAGGAGUCCAUGCGGCAUGUUGCGGAGUGUGUUGGACGCGCCUUUCAAGAAUAUUAUCAGGAGCACCUGGAAUUUGCUUGCCCCACAGAAGACAUUUACCUGGAGUAGGGAGGGAGCCAGAGUGCCUCCCGCUUCCGCACCCCGCCCAGUGCCCCAGGAUCCUGUGCUCUGCCAGGCUUGCCACCACCCAGG